AUGUCAUUACUUUACUUAUUUAUCUCUUUCACAAUACAUACUGGAGCAUGUUACCGACUGAAUAUGUAUAAUGUCGAUCAAGCGCUAGAUAAUCAUUGUCUUGAUUACAUUGUUAACUUUGCAAGCCCUUGGCAGCAACAGAUAAUUUCAUUUUGUUUCCGACCGUCAACACAGAGUGAACGCAUAUCCUAUUUAACUUGGAAUAAUACAGCUGAUCGUCAUUUCACGUUUGAAAUGUUAUACGAAGAGAACAUAACCAGCCAAGAUUUACUUCAAUGGUCGGCUACCGUCGACCUUGCAGAACGUUAUCAAAUCUAUUUGGAGCGUAAAAAAGAUUUCGCCUCUUUCGAGGAUGAGCAAUACCUGUUUUACAACUGUUCAUGGCCUUGGUUUGGACCCCUCUGUCAAUUUUCAUUCGGACUUUUCAGUGACGGCGCGUUCGGAAUAUUUGUUAGAAGCAUUUUCACAUCAAGAGAACUUAUCGUUAACGGCUCAAUGAUUGCAUGCUAUUCACAUUUGAAAUGUGAAACAUUAUUUACAUGUCUCGAUUGGCGUGACAUAUGCGACGGGGAAAUGGACUGCUUGGAUGGAACCGAUGAAUCCGGUUGCUGGCCACUCGAAAUGAAUGAAUGUAGCUCUGACGAAUUUCGUUGCCAUAAUGGUCAAUGCAUAUCAGCGGUUUUUCUUGCAGAUGAACCUGUGAAUGCAGACUGCCUGGAUCGAAGUGACGAACCGCUGAACACCGAUUUCUCAGAAACAUGCUUCAACAAUCCUUCUUUUGCAUGCGAAGAACGUAUGUGUCGUCCAGGUAAACAGGAGUUUCCAUGUGGAGAUGGCCAAUGUAUUGGAGAAGUAGAUAGAAUUUGUUUGAAUGGAAAGAGAAAUUUUCUUUCUAAUGACUCCUGUUUGAACGCAAUGAACUGUCUACUGGACAUGAUUGGUUAUGAUGAAGAAGAAUGGUGUGACCGGCUUUGUCCAGACGUAAGAUGUAUGUCUGAAUAUUGCCCAGAUUCAUUCGAAUUUCCUGCCGAACCUGUUCUGUUCGGUCAUGUGCGUUUGAUAUUUGAAACUGAAAAAUUAAUCGACAAUGUUCGCCUACCAUCAUAUGUAUGUUACAAUGAAGAGUUAUGUAAAGACUUUUUGUCGCCUACCAUCUACAUUAAUGGUUCUGCCUGUCGUCAUCUUAGUCAGUUGAAUUUGUCUACAAUACAGAGUAGCAGCAUUUUUUCUAUAUUUGUACGUACUCUCAAGCACACUUUUCGUUCUUGUGCAGUCAUUCCGAGCGGAAUAUAUGAUUGUAACCAUAAAAACGCCUAUCAAUGCAAGAAUUCUACAAAAUGCAUUUCAAAAUAUCGUCUUGUCGACGGCAUCAGUGAUUGUCUACACGGAGACGAUGAAGAAUACAAAGAAAGUUGUGAACUGAACGACCAUCAUCAUCGAUUCCGAUGUUUCGAUGAUAAGAAACGAUGUUUUGCACGUUUGGUCGUUAGAAAUGGACACUACGAAUGUCACGGAAACGAAGAUGAGGCGACAAAUACUGCAUUGCUUAGGACGCGUCGCGUCUAUUUCCCGACACUUUGUGAUGGCCAUGAGGAACUGACCCCCAUCGUAAUCGAUGGACGAAAUGAAACAGACGAAACGGAAUGUGAACACUGGCCUUGUAAUAAUACUUAUAAUCGAUGUGACGGUGUUUGGCACUGCCACAAUGGUGCUGAUGAAGUCAGUUGUCCAGGUUCGAUUUGUCCACCUCUACAACAUAUGUGCGUUUUGCCAAGCAAUCUCAGCGAAUUAGGGUGUGUAUCUAUCGAUCAAGCUGGUGAUGGUAGCAUCGACUGUCUUGGAGCAUCGGAUGAGCGGCAAUAUUGCCGAAUGAAUUACGCACUCGCUCAAGAUUUUCGUUUUCGUUGUUGGAAUGAUACAAUAUGUGUCGGUAAGAAUUUUCUAUGUGACGGAGUCAGAAAUUGCAAAUUUCAUGAUGAUGAGCAAUUUUGUACGUCUAACACAAUACCACUCGAUGAAGAAUUUUGUGAUGACCCAAAAACGAAACUUGAAAAGUUUAUAUGUCAUUUUAGCGAUAUUUCCAGAAGCGAAAAGUUUUAUCUCGUGUUGCAGAACAUGCAAACUUAUCCGCCAAGUUUGAAAGUCACUGAUGAUAAAAUCGAACGAUUUCCUAUAGCUACUCGAAAACCAUUUUCUAAGAGCACAAUAGAUAAUGAUAUUGAAAGUGAAUGGAUUCCAAGAUGCAAUCGUGGAUUGAAUAUCCGUGUGCGCAUCGACAAUAGCGGAAAUGAGUUACAACGGUGUCUUUGUCCCCCUGGUUACUAUGGCGAUACAUGUCAAUACCAAAACCAACGUGUUAGUGUUACUUUUCAAGUGCGUGUAGGAUCGGAUGGACGUACACUCUUUAGUAUUUUCAUUCUACUAAUAGAUCAUGAAGGGAAAGUUCAUUCAUAUGAUCAAGUGCAAUAUUUGCCGAGUCGAGAUUGUUACACCAAGUUUCAUAUUAUUCUUCUUUAUGCUACUCGACCAAAAAAUAAUUCGAAGAAUUAUUCUGUACGCAUUGAUGUUUUUAACACAAUCACACUAAAUUAUCGAGCAAGUUGGAUUUUCCCAAUUUUAUUUCCUUUUCUACCUGUAUAUUCCCUGGCAGUCCAACUUCUUAUUCCAAAUUUCCCUGUUCAACCAACACAGCAUUGUCCAUUGCUCUGCAUUCAUGGUCAAUGCAUAAAAUAUACAAAUACAGAAAAAACCUUCUUUUGUCGAUGUGAUCAUGGUUGGUCAGGUAAUGAUUGUUCGAUCGCGCAACACUGCAACUGUUCACCAGAUUCACUUUGUAUUGACCAGCCCAUAUGUGUAUGUCCUGUCGGUAAAUUCGGCUCAGGAUGUUAUCUCAAGCAGAUAUCAUGUAAAUAUAAUGAAUGCUUGAAUAAUGGUCAGUGUGUACCAGAUGAUCCACGUCACGAGUUAGCGGAGAAUGAAAAUUAUAGGCACGGGUGUAUUUGUUCCGAAGAAUAUGAAGGAAUUCAAUGUGACUACCAUGUACCUCGAUUGGAUGUCUCGUUUGCAGGUGAUUUUAUUAUUCCUGAUUCGCUGUUCAUUCAUUUCGUUGGCGUAAAUGAUCACUCACCACAUGGUCGAACAACACUAUUGAAACGAAUCCCAUUGCACCAGACUAAACUUACUGUUUACGCACCGAUUGAUUUCAAUGCCGCGUUUGCACAGUUUGACAAUAAAUACUACCUGAUUGUCCUUCGAGAGUCGUUUAUUUACACAGGAAAUAUUUCAACACAAAUUAGUAAUCCACAUCAAUGUGUACCCAUUCAAGAACUGUUCAAUACCACAAUGGUUAAUCGCCAUCUAUUACGACGUAUAAAACAUUACCAUACUCCAUGUCAACAACGAAAGGAAUUGGUAUGUUUCUAUGACGAAGUUCAUUUUUGUUUAUGUGAUCUUUCUCGCAAUGCUAAUUGUUUCGAAUUCGAUUUUAACAUGACGCAUCAUUGUCAAGGCUUAAACCCGUGUGAGAAUGGGGGUCAUUGUUUCAACGAUUAUGUAGAAUGUCCCCUAACGACCAUUUGCGUUUGUGACACGUGCUUCUAUGGAUCACGAUGUCAAUUUUCAACUAAAAGUUUUCGUCCAUCAUUAGAUGCCAUUCUCGGCUAUCAGAUUCGUCCAAAAAUUCCCUUCAACCAGCAACCGGCAGCUGUGAAGGUCUCCGUAGCUCUUACUAUCAUCAUAUUUGGACUGGGUCUCGUCAAUGGAUUUUUACUACUUGUAACAUUUCGCAAGAAAGAAAUACGUAAUAUCGGGUGUGAUAUCUAUCUACUCACAUCGUCGAUAGUUUCCAUAAUUAUCAUCAACGCUUUCUCAUUAAAAACCUGUUUUCUUCUUCUAGCACAAAUGAAUCUGAUUACUAAUCAUUCAUUUAUUCUAUUCCAGUGUCGAUCAAUGGAUUUUCUCCUUCGAAUUUUUCUCAGUACCAGCGAUUGGUUACAUGCGUGUGUUGCCACCGAACGAAUAAUGAUUAUCUCGAAAGGUACUACUUUUGACAAGAGAAAGAGCAAAAACAUAGCUAAAUGGAUAAUCAGCUUUGUUCUUCUCGUUGUUAUAUGCACAAAUAUACAAGAACCAUUGCAUCGACAACUUAUGGACGAUGAAGAAGAGCAACGGAUCUGGUGUGUGAUCAAACUUUCACCAUCUGUUCAACUAUUUGAUUCAAUUAUCGUUCUCUUUCACUUUCUCGUGCCUUUUUCUCUUAACAUAGUAUCCGCUCUAGUCAUUAUUCUUGUCACCGCUCGAACUCGAUUGAACAUCAAGAGAAAACAAACGUAUAAAGAACACUUUUACGAACAACUACAAACUCAUAAACAUCUUCUCAUUUCGCCGUCAAUUCUCAUACUUUUAGCAUCACCUCGUCUUAUCAUUUCGUUUUUAUCCGAAUGUAUGAAAUCUGUUCGAGACCCUUGGCUAUUUUUGAGCGGCUAUUUUAUUUCCUUCAUUGCUCCGAUCGCAACGUUUGCUGUUUUCGUCCUACCAUCGCAAACAUACAAGCAACAAUUUUUGCAAUCAGCCAAGUCCUUAUGCUAUCGCUGA